UUCAUGGAGUAGUUGUGCACUUUCUCGUGUUUUAGUGGGCUAACUUUUUCUUCAUUGUUGCCAAAUGCAAUCCAAACUCUUCAGUAUAUUAAAUACUUGUGAAACACCUCACAUUCCAGACUUUAGUCUUUGUUUUGCUUCUUCAAAUUUCCAAUGACUCACGAAGAUUUAGAGAGAGGGACACUCAUGACUUCGUCAAAGCAAAAUCAAAAUUCUAACCUUCUUGAUCCAUCGUCAUCACAAUCGGCAUCACCGUCUGCUACAUCUGCUCCAGCACUGGUACUUACAGCUUCCGGAAAACGGAUGGAUCAGGCUGGAAAGAAGAAAUACGUGAAGCAAGUGACAGGCAAGCAUAAUGACACCGAGCUGCAUUUAGCAUCCCAACGAGGCGAUCUGGCAUCUGUGAAGCGUAUUCUUGACGAAAUCAAUUCACAAAUGGUGGGAACUUUAAGCGGAGCUGAUUUUGAUGCUGAGGUGGCCAAAAUCCGAGCAUCCGUGGUGAAUGAAGUGAACGAAUUGGGAGAAACCGCACUGUAUACAGCUGCUGAAAAAGGGCAUCUUGAGGUUGUGAAAGAACUUUUGAAGUAUUCUGAUAAAGAAACGCUUACAAGAAGAAGCCGUUUGGAAUUCGAUCCUUUGCAUAUAGCCGCCAGUCAAGGACACCAUGAGAUAGUCAAACUACUACUUGACCAUGAUGUAUCCCUAUGCCAAACGAGAUCACAAGGAAACGCAACUCCACUUAUUACUGCAGCUUCAAAAGGACACACUACAGUUGUUGAGGAGCUACUUUCAAAGGAUCCAAGCUUGUUAGAUAUUCCCAGAUCCAACGGUAAAAACGCGUUGCAUCUGGCAGCCAGAUCGGGGCAUGUCGAGACUGUGAAAAGUCUGCUUGCAAAAGACCCGCAACUGGCUCGAAGGACCGACAAAAAGGGUCAAACUGCGUUACAUAUGGCUGUAAAAGGGGCUAGCAGCGAGGUGGUUAAGUUGCUGCUUGAGGCUGAUGCUGCGAUUGUAAUGCUGCCGGAUAAGUCCGGUUUUACUGCUUUGCAUGUUGCCACAAGAAAAAAGAGAGCAGAGAUUGUAAACGAGCUGCUUUGUCUCCCUGAUACGAACGUCAACGCGCUAACCCGAGAGCACAAAACCGCACUCGACAUAGCCGAAGGGCUUUCUCUAUCAGAAGAAUCAACCGACAUACGAGCCUGUCUGGUCCGCCGUGGUGCUGUUCGAGCUAACGAACUGAACCAACCACGAGACGAGUUAAGAAACACUGUGACACAGAUCAAAAACGACGUCCACAUCCAGCUCUUACAAACCAAAAAAACAAACAAAAACGUUCACGGAAUUGCCAAAGAGCUAAGAAAACUCCACCGCGAGGGAAUCAACAAUGCCACCAACUCCGUCACUGUGGUAGCAGUGCUGUUCGCAACGGUGGCCUUUGCGGCCAUUUUCACGGUCCCCGGUGGGGACAACGAUCAUGGGAUGGCGGUGGUCGUCCACCGGACUUCAUUCAAAAUCUUCUUUAUCUUCAACGCGAUCGCUCUUUUUACGUCAUUAGCCGUAGUGGUGGUUCAGAUAACGUUGGUUCGAGGUGAGACGAAAGCUGAGAGAAAAGUGGUUGAGGUUAUUAACAAGUUAAUGUGGUUAGCUUCCGUGUGCACUUCGGUGGCUUUCAUGGCGUCGUCGUAUAUAGUGGUCGGGCGGAAGUACGAGUGGGCUGCAAUUUUGAUUACAGUGGUUGGCGGGGUUAUAAUGGUGGGCGUGCUUGGAACGAUGACGUAUUAUGUGGUUAAGUCGAAGAAAACGCGGUCGAUGAGAAGGAGGGAGAAGAUUGCGAAAAGUGGGACGAAUUCGUGGAUGGCAUCCGAGUUUUCUAACUCGGAUGUCGAACGAAUUUAUGCUAUUUGAUUCAUCAGAAAGAAAAACUUAUUCAACAGUGUAAUGUUGUUUAUAGUCAAAUGAGUAAAAUUGGAACAAGUUUCGGUUGUAACUUGAUUUGGCAAUGUCAAGAGCAUUCUUUUGUAGGAGCAGUUCAAAUGUUAAAAAGAUAUUUCAUGAUGUUUGAUAAUACAGUGUACAUUGUUUAUGAUUUUACAAAGUUAUAAUAAUUGGAAAUUUGUUA